ACAGCGCAUAUAUAGAGUUAAAAACUCUCAAAAUCUGCGCGGCCAAACACGACUUCUUAGGUGUAAACACAUACUUUUCACACCUUCCCUUCUCCUCUUCUUCUUCCCAUUAUAAAUAGAGAACCACAGGUUACGACCUCUGCUUUCUUUCUCUAUUUUGUUCUCUCUCGCCAAUUUCUUGUUCUAUUUUCACAGUAUGGCUUCCUCCACCGUCAACAGAUGGUUAAGACCUGAGGUGUAUCCAUUGUUCGCGGCGGUGGGUGUAGCCGUUGGAAUCUGUGGUAUGCAACUCGUGAGAAACAUAUGCACUAACCCAGAAGUCAGGGUGACGAAGGAGAACAGAGCUGCAGGCGUUCUUGACAACUUCGAGGAGGGUGAGAAGUAUUCUCAACACAUGGUCAGAAAAUUUGUGCGCAACAAGUCAUCUCAAAUCAUGCCCAACAUCAACAGUUUCUUCUCAGACCCAAACUAACUCAAAACCCACCAAAUUCCUCAAUUGAUUGAUAUCACAUUGAUAUUAGGACAAAACCUUUGUCUUUUUCAAAUCACAUUCAUAUUAUAUACUCGAUUGUAUUCUUUUUAGGCUCAUAUAUUACAUUGAUUGAUCAUCCAUGAUCUCAAAAGCCUUAUAUUUUCUUUGAUUAAUAAUGCUUACCAAAGAUUUUAUCAAUCAACUUUGGUCGAAACCUAUAUUGUUCAAUGGUCUCCUUGCAAGUUUUUGCCUAUAAUUAUAAAGAUUUGACUUUAAUGCCAA